CUUUUCAGUUUUCACGUGACAGUUCAUUAUUUCGUGUUCGUUGGCUUACUUGUCGCACGUCCUCACUGUUUUUUAGCCGACUUACACUUCAAUAGUCGUAAUCAUAUUUGGGAUAUCUCUUGCCUUUGUACUGCUGAAAUUCUAAUAUAAAUUGUUUUAAUACAAUUUAAUAUGGUGAUCAAUAUGAAUUUCAACGAUCCUGAUAAAACCAACGAUGAAAUGUCGUUAAAUGAUGAUGAUGGUCAACACAAUAACAUUGGAAAUGAACAGGAUGAUGUAUUGAUGGACACUACCGACAUGGAUGAAAGCACUGAAGCUGACCUGGAUGAUGUUACUGAUGAGGCUGAUCCAGAAUACUCCUCUUUGGACAAGCAACUUGAUGACUUGAAUAGUGUCCUAGAUAUUCUUGAGCAGAAAAAUGAUCAUAUUCAGUCUCAACUGAGAGUUCUUUUGGAGAAUAGCAGAGAGAUUAGACAAAAUAUAGUGAAGGAGAGUGAGACUGACACUUCCGAUCUUGGAUCAACUGACUGAAUGUGGAAGAACAAAAUUAACUGUUAUUCAUGAUAAAAGUCAGAAAAUUUCUCCUCCUCAUUCCAAAUAGAGAUAGCCAUCAAUAUGUUUUAAUAUUGCAUAAUUUGGUGUAUUGAGAUUUAUGUAUUACAUGUUUUAUGUAGUUGAA